AUGGUGAAAGCGUUGUUUACGACGUACAACGUGUAUCACCAGGCUCGCGCGCAGUCGUUAGGCUUAGUCAAGACCUUGUGCGUGCGGCGCGACCGGCUCAUCGAGGACACGCUGGAGCAGCUGCAAGCAGGCAGCUGGUCGCUGCGCAACCCGUCAGGCGUGUUUGCGCCGGAGAACCGCCAGGAGCUAGAGUUAAUCGGGUUCAUCGCCGGACUCGCGUUGAACAACGGAGUGACGCUGGACUUGCGCUUCCCGCGCUGUCUGUUCAACAAGCUGCUGUACGGCUAUACCGCGGAUAGCGAGCAAGUGCACUGGUUCUGGGAAACUGUCGAGUCGCUCUCGCGCGAGGAGCGCAAGCAGCUGCUUUCCUUCGUGACCGGCUCUGAAAAGCUGCCGAUUGGCGGCGCGAAGUCGGUGCAACUGACCAUCAGCGGCAACGGUGCGAGCACCGAGUUGCUGCCGCAGAGCCAGACCUGCUCCCUUUACCUGGUGCUGCCGAAGUACGAGUCGCGGGAAAAAUUGGAGCGAAAACUGAAAAUUGCUCUGCAGCACAGCAAAGGCUUUGGUCUAUACUAG